AUGGCAACAACAAAUCUGCCAUACAUUCAACAACAAAUGAUUCGAUAUGGUAUGAGCAUUUAUUUCGGACUAGGUCUUGCAGGCAAUAUUUGCAAUUGUAUUAUGUUUACACGACCAUCAUAUCGUCGAACACCUAGUUCUAUCUAUCAUCUUUCUGAUUCAAUUCUUGCUCUUUUUCAUUUAAUUUGGUCGAUUAGUCCACAACUUUAUACACUUAAUUAUCCUGAUCUUCAAAAACAAUCGAUACUCUACUGUAAAAUGAGACUUUAUGGCAGUCAUGUUCUUGCUUUAUGCGUCCGUUAUAUUAUUCUGUGUGCUUGUCUAGAUCGAUUCUUUGCAACACGAGAUGAUGUUCGUCUUCGAUCUUUAAGCUCAUUUAAAAUGGCCACAAUACUUGUUUUCGGUACAUGCAUAGUAUGUACAUUAAUUGGCAUACAUAUACCUAUUUUAAUGGAAAUAAGAGGUACUACUUGUGGAAUGUUUGGUAUAUACAAAUUAAUAUAUGCAUUGUAUCAAAUCCUAUCAGUUUCUAUUCUACCACCAGCACUGAUGAUCGUCUUUAGUGCUCUGACUCUUUGUAGUCUUCAUCAACGGCAUGCAACUCAAGAGCGUGCUAAAAGAAGAGAUCGUUAUCUAUUGCGUAUGAUCAUUGCUGAAGUUUCGGUGACUAUAUUUACAUCAAUUCCUCAUUCGACUAACCUCAUCUAUGGAGCAGCAACAUAUUAUGAUGUUAAUAAAAGUGCUCAACGAGUUGAACUUGAAUCAUUUCUGACCUUUCUUACUCAAUUUUUGAUCUAUCUGCUUAGUGUGAUUCCUUUUUAUUUAUUCAUUUGCGUAUCAGAACCUUUUCGAAAUGAAUUCAUCAAUCUCAUGGUCAAGUGUUUGAAUAAUUGUAUGCCAAGACAAAAUCAAAUCAUGCCGAUGAACACACACACCAAUACAGCAACUGUUAAUGGCUCAAUAACUUUAGUACAACCAACAAAAAGACAAUUUAACUAA